AGUAAUGACCAAGUGGAGCUGCCAGAAGUGUCCAGGCGCAUCGCCCCGUUCCGCUUCCUUUGUGCGCCUCUUGAAUACCAACAACACCACCAACACCACUGCCAUCCUUCCUCACCAGCACAUCACCUCCCUCUUCGCCCAAGAUGACAGACGUAGCCUUUGUAGAGCACAACCCUCCCAACCUACAGUCCAUCCUCGACCAACACUCCCUCAAGUGGAUCUUCUGCGGUGGAAAGGGAGGUGUAGGAAAGACGACCACCUCGUGCUCUCUGGCAAUCCAGCUGGCUAAGGUGAGGCAGAGUGUCCUCCUCAUCUCCACAGACCCGGCGCACAACUUGAGCGAUGCCUUUGGUCAGAAGUUUGGAAAAGAGGCCACAAAGGUCAAUGGCUUUGACAAUCUUAGUGCAAUGGAGAUUGACCCAGCAAGUAGCAUUCAAGAGAUGAUUGAGCAGUCCGACCAGCAAGGCGGAGCCAUGUCCUCUAUGAUGUCCGACCUAGCCUUUGCCAUUCCCGGAGUAGACGAGGCCAUGGGUUUCGCAGAGAUCAUGAAGCACGUAAAGUCAAUGGAGUAUUCGGUCAUCGUCUUCGACACGGCCCCCACUGGCCACACUUUGCGUUUCCUCAGCUUCCCCACCGUUCUAGAAAAGGCUCUUGCCAAGUUCUCGACGCUCGGUAGGAGCUUUGGACCAAUGCUGAACCAGAUGACGAGCAUGAUGGGCGGUGGCUCCCAGCCCAAUCAGGAGGACAUGUUUGCCAAGCUCGAGUCGAUGCGAGCCGUCAUCAAUGAGGUCAAUACGCAAUUCAAGGACCCGGAAAAGACGACGUUCAUCUGCGUCUGCAUCUCUGAAUUCCUCUCGGUAUAUGAAACGGAGCGGUUGAUUCAGGAGCUGACGCAGUACGAGAUUGAUACCCAUGCCAUCGUUGUCAACCAAUUGCUCUAUCCUCCCAAGGGCUCCAAUUGCGACCACUGCCGUGUGCGCCAGUCUAUGCAAGCCAAAUAUCUAGACUCCAUUGUAGAACUCUAUGGAGAAGACUUCCACAUUGUAAAGGUGCCACUGGAAACAUCGGAGAUCAGGGGGACGGACAAGUUGAGGGAAUUCUCAAAUUACCUCGUGCAGCCUUUCCGGCCUCCGCAAUAA